AUGGAAUCCCCUCAUGAGCAUCAGCAGAACCUACUGCUUUCCCGUAUCAUCACCAAUGUAGAAAAGCUCAACGAAGCUGUCGUUGUUAUGAAUAAGAGUCUUCAGGACAUCAACAUUCAGAACAUGAACGUUGAAUUAGUUGCACAAAUGUUCAAGAACUACCAAUCGAACGUUCUAUUUCAUCUGGAGGGUAAGUGUUUUUUGUAUGGUGAUGUGAACGCGACGGCUGAUGAUAUUGGUUAG